AAGGGGUGAAGACAGCUGAGUAGUAGCAGGUGUACUGCCAGUCGGAAGACAAUUCUCUCAGUUCCAUAUUUCUGCAGCCUGAGAGCGGAGUGCGUUUUCUUCGUUUCUUCUCAACUCGAACCGGUUCCUUCGAGUGGAAUUCUUAAUAAACUUUCUUUCUUCUCCGAUUGACAGUAAACUUUAGCCAUGGAUCGUGAAACAUAUCUGAAAAAAGUCCAGGCCAUCAGAGUGGCCAAAGAAACUGCUAUGGACAAGGUGGAGGUCAUUGAGGAAAAACUGAAGGCCACCGAGUCCGAAAGGAGCCGCUUGGAUGAGGAACUGAACUGGUUACAAAAGAAAUAUUCUAACAUGGAGAAAGAACUGGAUACUGUGAACAAUGACCUGUCUAAAGCCCAGGACAUGAUGCACUACGCCGAAGAAAGAGUUAGCGAGUGUGAUACAGAGAUCCAGAACUUGCAAAGGAGGAUACAAAUGUUGGAGUUACAACUUGAGAGAAGUGAAGAAGCUUUGUCUGUGAAAAAGACCGAAGAAGUAACAAACCAGGAGAAGCUGAAGGAAGCCGAGUUGAGGGCAACAAACGCCGAACGAACGGUGACCAAACUGGAAGAAGAUCUGGAGAAAAUGGAAGUCUCAUUGAACGAAGAGAAGGAAAAAUAUAACCAACUCAUUAAAGAUUUAGAUGAUGCUUACAACGAUGUAGCAUUGUAUUAAAAUACAACUGCCUCAUACUUAACUUUCUCCUUCCCGUCCGACUUGACUCUUUUGCAAUUUUAUUUUCUUCCCCUCACGAGAAAGGUAAGAAAUUUAAUGUUUUCAGCCAGAUAUUAUUUAAAAGUGAAUAUUAGCCAUAACAUCAGACAAACAUUAUUUCUAAUAAUGACAAUGCAAGCAGCAUAAAACAGCGCUGUUAACAAUAAAAAGCAGUUAAUUAAAAAAAAAGAUGUAAUUAAGAUUAGUGGAACAUCUCUAAUCUUUUUUUAUUUUUAUAUUUUUAAAUUGUGAAAAUUAUUUGGAGGAAAACAAACCUACUCUGCACCUUCUCUAUCGAUGUCCUAUUUAUAAUCCAGUUAGUUCACCAGUUAACCAAUAAUCCAGCGAUCAUAUUGUUUAUCAUUGAUUGAUUGAUGAUCACAAAGAUCAAUAUGCCAACGACAGUCACACUAUAUCACCAACCGGUGUUCUCUAAGUAAUUUUAUCUCUGUUAUUCACAUUAAUCAAACGUUUUAACAAGAAAAAAUUUUAAAGGUAAAAGCCAAGCGUUAGCCCUGCCGUGUUUGUAGUUUUGCUGGAAACCAAGUUGUUUGGAACUUUAUUAACCAGAGACCAACAUCACAGGUCACAGUUGAAGCAACCAAGUCUUCUUUAACAACACCUUUGGAAAUGUGUGAAAGAUCGCCAAGCAAACAAUAAUAAAGCAAAACAAAAACAGAAACAAGAAAAACAAUGAUUUAUUUUGAAAAUGAAUAUUUGCAAGAAGAAAAUAAACUUUAAAAAUCUAUGACUAGAAUCUUCAUCUUGGAAAUAAAUUUGUUUACAUUUAAUAUUUGUUCAUUUUUAGUAAAAAUAGCGUUAAGUGUCUUGUCGAAGGACCAACAUAAACAAAACAACAGACAAAAACAAAUGUGAACAGCUGUUCCUGAAAGAAAAACUGAAGUCAGUUAUAUAUAUAUAAAAUAGUAAAUGAUGAAAGAUGUACAACAAAUCUGAACUAAUUCCAUCAUGGAAUUGUUUGCCGACUGACUUCAGUAUUCUUAUUUAGAGUUUUUAUCUAUUUUUGGCUAAUCGAUGCCAGCCAGCAAUGGAAUCUAGCUGUACCCGGCUUUUAUUUCAAAACAACAAACACUGUAAUACUGCAGAUAGCUUAAUCUUAAAAGAAAGAUUUAUGAGCGGAUAAGUCUCAAAAGCAAAACCAAAAAACUGGGAAUACCGUCACAGAGACUGCAAUAGAACAAGUUCAUAAAAAAAAAACCUACAGACGUAAGGGCUAUGGCUACAUGUUAUUCGCUUAUUUGGUAGCCUCGGAAAGAAUUUCUUCAAGAAAACAGCAUUUUAACAGUUUUUAUUCUUGGAGAAAACAUUUCAAAAAACUUUAAUCAAUCAAUAAAUAAUAAAUGUAAUGAAUUAUUUGAGAUUUUUAAAAUCUUCAAUUACAAGUCUUUAAAACGAACCAACGAUAUACUGGAAAUCAAAAACAUUUGGACUUGGUAAUACAUUCACUGACCAAACUCAGACAGUCUUCAAUGAACUUGAAUCAGUGAAAUUAUUGGCUGGUUUUUGAACGUUUGGUGAAAAUUAAACAAGAAUGAAGAAAAGCGUACUAACUGCAGAUGGAAUCUACUGGAACCACAUGCUUAAUCUGCACUUCCGCUCACCAUAAUACCAAUAAGGCUGCGUUGCUGCUUAGUUUCUGGGGUUUUCUCCUAGCAUCAUUUUUUUAAAAUUUCUUAUCUGAAAUAACUUGAAAAUGUAUUUGGCUGGCGUUUUCACUCUGGAAAUUAAAAGCUAACCAAAUCUGAAAAAUAAAACUGAAUUAUAAUUUCAAAAGCAAA